AUGUCUACUGAUUCCACUGAUAAGAAGUGCAAAGUCCUGAUCGUCGGCGGUGGAAUAGCCGGUCUUGCUGCUGCUCAUUACCUUGAAAGAGCCAAGAAGGAGGGAUGGGCGCCUCCGUCCCUUCAAGUGACAGUAUACGAAAGGAACGAAGAGGACAACGAUUCCGUCAAAUACCCUAUGCAGAUAUCCCCUGACGCGAGAUCAGCUCUGCAAAAGAUCCUCUCCACUCAAGCAUACUCCAAUUUGACCACUCAAUCAAACUACGGUAUCACCCAUGGUGGCGUCAACAUCCUCAACCCAGAUCUGAGCCACUUAUUCUCGAACAUCAAAUAUCAGAACGAACAGCCUCAGAAAAAGAGUAGUGAGGGUCAGAGAAUAGAAGCGAAAGUUGAAGUGGUAUUCGAGGAUGGUGCGAACGAGUUGGCGGAUCUGGUUAUUGGUGCCGACGGUAUAGGCUCUAUUGUUCGAUCCCAGAUUCACCCCUCCUUUCCUCACAUCCCUCUCCUUCCUUACGUCAUGAUCCCAUUCAAGCUAGCCACGCCCAUUGCCAAACUCCCUCUGCAACUCAACAAAGACUGUCAAAAUAUCAUCUUCGGCAGUCGCUCGAACUGUCUCCAUAUCAUUCCACUGCACGGUACAGAUCUCCCUCACAUGACACCCAGAUCAGCCAUGACCUUAUCAGAACAAGGACCUUUCGCCGAGCCCGAUCAAACUGUCUUGAAAGUACAAGAUGCUCUGGAAGAUCACCAAACGGGAUAUGUACUCGUCAGGAUGUUUCUGAACGUCAGUGCCGAAGGUGCAGCUGGGUGGGAAGAUCUGACUGAAGGUGCGUGGAUCGAUAAGAUUCUCGAUAUCCUCAAGAAAGACGGCACGAAUAAAGGGUUAUUGGAGAUCAUCGAGAACGACUUAAUACCCGGUACAAUUAGCUCGACCGGUGUUGUCAGUGGUGCGCCUGGAAAACACGUCCCUUAUAAGGAUGGGAAAGUGUUCUUGAUAGGGGAUGCGGCUCAUGCUGUACCACCUACAAAUGGGAAUGGAGGUGCGGCAGCCUUGUUAGAUGCUCAAGGAAUAGUAGAGACGCUCUUGACAUGUUCGGAACUUGGUCCAGGAGACGCUCCACUCACCUCUCUGCUACCUGAGACAUACCAUCAGUCUCUCAUCCGAUCCGAAGCUUACCUGAAAGAAUCAUUACACCUUCUGGAAAACUCAACUACAUCAGGAUGGUCGGGGUUCAUCCAGAAAUCCAGAUUGAAAUUGAUGGAUAUUUUUUGA